AUAUUCCCCCAGGCAUCUGCUGCAGUUCAUUUUCACUGCUUGUGGUCAACUGUAACAGGCUUCCCAAGUUUUCAACAUUAUCAAAGUUCAAUCAACUCCUGAAGCCUAGUCCUCCCACAGCCACACAUUUUAACAAUACUUUCUUCAAAAUCUACUAUCAGGAAAGUCCAAUAUUUCAGCUGAAGUGUUCAGCUUCUAAGGCUUCAAUUAUUUCAGCUCAGUUCUGUGAGAGGAAGACAAUAUUUCCUGGAACUUUUUCAGCCUGUGUAGCAAUGAGUUCCACAAAGAGAGCACUAGAAGGAGGUAUGUCUCCUCCUUCUAAGAUCAGAUUAUGUCACACAGCUGCUCAAGAAAGUGUAAGUAAUUCUUUCGAUGCUGAAUCUUGCACUAGUAAUAAUGUUGAUGACUUGGAAGAAGGAAUUUCCAUGUCUGAAGGUGAUAGCAAAGAAGAGCUUGAAACUCCCAGCCAGACUACAAAAUUGGGUAAAAAGUUGAACACGGCAAGAAUGAUAAGGUAUAAAAUACAGGAAUUAGAAGCUGAGAAGGUCAAGCAAUCAUGUAAGAAUUUUGAUAAGUUACUUAAAGAUGGAAAUUACCUUGAGGAAUUGAAUUCUAUGGAUACUACAUUUGGAACUGAAGUUAGGUCAUCACAUGAAGCUGCAAGUGUCUUAGAGGUAAAACCUUGCCCUAUCACACCUGAAGAAGAAGAUGACCAAGAAGAUGGAAUGUAUGCUGCAAAGAAGAAGAAGAAGAUGUUUGCUGUGCUCAUUUCCUAUUCAGGCAAAGGAUUUUAUGGAUUACAGCACAACCCUCCCCAUCGUACCAUUGAGGGAGAACUGCUCAAGGGGAUGGUCAGUCUAGGGUUGCUCUCAGAAACUGAGUGUAACAAGCUCCAAGCCGUGAACUUCCAGAGAGCAGCACGCACUGAUAAGGGAGUUUCUGCUGCCAGACAAGUUGUCAGUGUCAAGCUCCCAAUAGGUGAUGGAGAUGAGAGCAAAGUCUUGGGUGAGCUCAACUCUCUGAUGCCUCCACAAAUUCGGCUCAUGGAUAUCAGAAGAGCAAUACGGAGCUUCAACAGCAAGAACUGGUGUGACUGUCGGACAUACUCAUAUCUGACUCCCACUUAUGCUUUUGCCCCAAUGGACCAAAUUGCCAGCGAGGAGUACCGCAUCUCUGAAGCCACCCUAGCUGAGGUGCGACAGCUCAUGUCUGAAUAUGUCGGCACACGCAAUUUUCAUAACUUCACCAUCAAGAAGAAAGCCACUGAAGCCAAUGCCUACCGUUUCAUCCAGCUUGUUGAAGUUGAUGACCCGUUUGUCAGGGAAGGAGUUCAGUGGGUCCUCAUCAGAAUUAAAGGUCAAAGUUUCAUGAUGCAUCAAAUUCGAAAAAUGAUUGGCCUUGUGAUGAGCAUCUGUCGUGGCCUGACGCCCACCUCGGUGCUGGCCAAGAGCUUCACCCACGACAAGAUCGAGACUCCCAAAGCUCCAGGGUUGGGGCUGGUGCUCGAGCAGCCCCAUUACGAUAGCUACAACAAGCGUUUUGGGGAAGAUGGCACCCACAAGCCCAUUGACUGGAGCGGAUUGGAAGACCAAGUAUCAAGUUUUCGGAAGAACUUCAUUGACCGAGACAUCAUCGAGACUGAAAUUGCAGAAAAGAGCAUGCUGGAAUUUCUUAGAAUUCUUCACAUGUAUUCCUUCACUGAUGGCGUUGGCUCCGGUAUCAGACGAGCAGAUGCAUUGCUCACGAGCUACUUGAACAAGCCUGAUGACCUCAACGAUGAAGAUGACGCUCAGGAUCAAAUUAAUGACGGCGCUGAGAGCUUGCCUGAUGGACAAAAGAAAAUAAAAAAGCACUUCAUCGCCAAAAGCAAGAAUUGUCUGGCCGAGGAUGAGGAAGAAUCUCUCGUAGGUGGCAAAACUAAUUUAAAAAAUGUUGCAUAUGAUGAAAACGGGGACUGUUCACAGUUUUUCGAAAAAUCUGAAAACUUAGAAGAUAACAAAUCCUAUAAGUCAGAACAUGUGAAGUCGAACACAGGCCCAGAGAGUUCUGUAUCUGAAUUGCCAGUGGUAAAUGAUACUGAUAAGUCGGUUAUGUCAAGUAGCAGCAAUCCAUCGAUGGAAAAUUCAUAACAAGCUAUCACUUUUUUCAGCUUGAAUUUGUAUUUGGCGCAUAUCGCGCCUUAUGGGUGAGAAAUGUCUAUGCCUGACUUGGAAUAUGAAGAAGCUACAUGAGAUAUUGGCUUUCGGUUGUAAUAAUUGAAAGAACUGAUCUUCCUCGAAACAUGAAAGAGUUGGUUAGGCUUUCGUAUUGGUGCAAAAAUUUUCAUUGGCAAACUUUAUGGAUGCUUUUUAUUUAUCUAUUUACUUAUUAUUGAAAUCGGCACGUCAAGAUUAUAAUCGCAGUCCUCAAUACCCUUCAAUAUCAGUGUUUUAUAUGUCAUUCCAUGUCAAGUGUACUGAUGCGUCCCUCUGACCAUCACCAAUUUCGAUGAAAAUUCUCACUUGUCUUUGUCAUGCACUUGGUGCUGUUGGUGGCAAAGCCUACUUGUUUGUAAUGCAGUGUCGC